AUGUCAAAAGCACUAUGCUGUUAUGCAUUUGAAACUCUCGUAACUAAACUCGAGUUGGAGCCAGCGAAAUUGCCGCUCAAGGCCUACUUGAAAGCGCUUAAGGAAGAUCCCCAGGGUAUCCCCGAGUCCGCCCCGUUGUUCAUCACUUGGAGACAGCAUUCAGAUUUGAGGGGAUGCAUUGGGACUUUCAGUGCCAUGCCUAUUGAAUCCGGGGUUUCACGAUUCACCGUCAGUUCCGCUUUCCAGGACCCUCGAUUCCCGCCAAUUGAUCGGGCCGAAGCCCCCAAUUUGGAGGUCGAUGUCACGUUGUUGGAUAACUUCAGGCCCAUCAAGAACGCCGAGGACUGGACCAUUGGGUUGAAUGGAUUGAAGAUUUCAUUCGAUAUCGACGACGAGCAUUUUCUGGGCACGUUCCUUCCCUCGGUGGCGCAAGACGAAAACUGGGACAAAUUGACUACUUUGUACUAUUUGCUUCGGAAAGCGGGCUACGCUGUGGCCAAGGGCAAAGUGGCCGAUUUCUAUGCAAAGGGGUUGCAGGAAGAUUGGAUGAAGUUGACGAAAUACGAUGGGUUGAAGGCCCAUUUGGGUUACGACGAGUUUGUAAAGAUUAGAAACAAGAUACAGGGUUGA